AUGAAGGACGAUAAAGUUAAACCUUCGGCGUUCCUAGUACAAGGAUUGUCAACCCUGGCAAUUGCAUAUUUGACAACCCUGUCCGGUUUCAUAUACGCGUGGCCCUCCUACACCUUGGAAAUGUUCAUGUCGAACGCAACAGUGCUCUCUGCGCCUAUGACUCCGAUGGAGGCAUCACUCUUGGGCAGUCUUACAAAUGUUGGUGGGUUGGUGGCGACGCCAUUCUGCGGAUACGCCGUCAACAAGUUCGGCAGAAAAUACGCUGCUAUUAUGUAUGGAUUGCCCUAUGUGCUUACUUGGGCCAUAAUAUCCAUAACAAGAUGGCCGCCAUUAGUUAUUGCUGCUGUAGGGCUUGCAGGAUUUGGAGCCGCGGGCCAAGCGGUCUCCUCAGUUUACAUAUCAGAGAUAUGUCAAGAUUCAAUCAGAGGGGGGCUGACCUCCACCACUGUGUCUGGUUAUUUCGUCGGUCUACUGUUUUCUUAUGCGAUUGGAGGACACCUAACGUACCACCAAGUGGCGUAUGUGCAUAUGGCACUUUCUAUAUUGUACAUGAUUAUGCUGACCUUUUUGAAAGAAUCACCAGUGUAUCUCUUGCUAAUUGGACAGGAAAUGGAGGCAGCGAGGUCAAUAGCAUUCUACAGACGCGCGUCAGCAACAUCUAAGGAGGUCGAAAUGGAGAUAACAAAGAUUAAGCUACAAAUGGAUCCUAGAAUAGACGAGAUACUUGAAGGAGAAAACGAUCCGAGUACGAAAAAAGGACUUAUUGAUAAGAACGAUGUCAACACUGAAGUCAGAAAUGAGUCACAGUGGAGAUUUUUAAUGAGAUCGGAAUCAUCGAAACGGGCCCUAGUAUCAGUCCUCAUAUUAAUGUCCGUGACAAUACUCAUGGGAUCAAUCGUUUUGCAAGUCUACGCAGAACCACUCUUUAAGGAAGCAGUGCCAUCAAUGCAGCCAAAUCUGUGCUCUAUUCUUUUAGCCGUCACGUUCCUAAUUGCUAGUUUAGUUUGCGCCCUCAUGUUAGACAAGUUUGGGAGAAGGUCGUUGAUGACCAUCACGUCGAUCGGGUCGGGUGUCUGUAAUUUCCUGCUCGGAACACAGUUACAACUGCACUGGGGACCACACUGGUUAACCGCGUUCCUCAUCUACGUGUACAGCUUCAUUUAUAACCUGGGAGCAGCUAUUGUACCCUUCGUCUUAACUGCCGAAGUGUUUUUGCCUGAGGUCCGAGGUCUCUGCAACAGCUUAUCUAUGGCCUGCAUGUGGAUAAUGAACUUCGUCACACUUAUAGUAUUUAAUCCACUUGUGGACUUAUUCGGUUUGGGUCCAAUCUUCUACGGCUUUUCCGUCAUAUGUAUGCUUGGAGCGAUGUACAGUCAUUUCUGGCUCCCCGAAACCAAGGGUCUGCCCGCCGAUGCCAUCCAGAGACUGUUUUUAAAGAAUAACAAAAAUUAA